AUGAAUGUUUUUUCAGGCCUUUUACUGAUGCUUGCGUUGCUUUCAUUGUCAGUUUCUAAUGCGUUUACUGGACCGAGUUCUUAUCGCCCGAUAUCUUUGCCAACAACUCAACGCCAGAAUCUCAUUCAAGUGGUCAAUUCACCUGUCGACACUACUUCAUCACAUGUACCAACCCAGCUUUUUAUGUCAGAGUCUCCCGAUGAAACUGUACCAACCACCCCAUUAGACCGUCCCGUUCUUGCAGCGAUUGAUGCUGUAGCAAUCCUCGUGUUUGCAGCAGUCGGUAAAGCAUCCCAUGCUCCUGAUGGAUCUAUUGAUUUCCUGUCGGUUGGAAUGACAGCCUUUCCCUUUUUGCUGUCUUGGUUUCUGACAGCACCUCUAAUGGGUUGCUUCACACCCGGUGCUACUUCAGAUAUCAAGUCAGCAGUUGUACAAACGGGAAAGGGAUGGAUUGUUGCAGUGCCACUUGGGUGCGCACUCCGAGGGAUUAUCAAGGGCUACGUCCCACCUGUUCCAUUUGUGAUUGUUACAUUAAUUGCUACUCUUGUGAUUCUGAUUAUCGGUCGCUCUGCAUACACGGCCCUCAGCGAAUUAUACGUGGAAAUGUUCUAA